GGGAGGACGGUGGGGAGGACCUCGAGGAGGAUGAGGGGCUGGGGGGUAUGCCGCCGGAGCUAGACCCGACCCUAGUUUGGUCUCCGCCGGUGGAGGAGGUGUACGUUGCAGCCGAGGAGAGGCUGGAACCACGGGACAAGAAGCCGUAUAGGCGCGGGAUUACGAAACUCCCCAAGCUAAAAACUUGGGCCUUCCGCGAUGUUGUUCUCGUGCCCGCUGGAAAGAGCAUGUUCAAGUAUGGCGACCCGAGGAGGAAGCCGACACGUGAGUACCCGAACAUCCUUGGAGGCAUAAUUAGGAAGCAUUUCCCUGGGAUUGUCAAUCUCCCUACUGGUGGCCGCGACGUGGCUUGGACUUGGAAGCACUACAGCUACGCGGAAGAUCCUAGCGGCAAGUACGGAAACAUGCAAGAGCGGGUUGUCCGCCACUUCUGGAAAUACUUCAAGAGGGCUGAGGGCAAGGAAAUUGCGUGCGACGUUAUCUUACACGAGUUGUGCAGGGUGAGGGUGAGCGGCAUGCACUACGAGGCACGUCACCCUCCUCAGUACGUCGGGGAAGACAGGGCGUGCUUUCUUGCGAUGGUCAUAUGGUGGACAUCCCGCGAGUACGCCCGGAAGCACGAGGAGGGCAAGCAGAAGCGUUCAGAGAUGGGAGGUGGAUCACAUGUCCUGGGCAGCAAGAACUUGGCCCUUACCUUGCAGGAUGAGGAAGUGAAGACGAGCGUGGCACCAAACUUGUUUGGCUUUUUCCAAAAGUCGAAGACCAGGAAGGAGCCGCAUCCUGAAACGGGGUCCUUGUGGGUCAACGACCUAGCGGAGGGCCAGUGUGGCGCGUACCGCUCGAAGUUCAAGGACAAGCACGGCGAAGACGCCGACCCAACCACCGAAGAGUUUGACGUUGAGGUUGCGGUGCUUGCGGGACAAGGCAAGAAGGGUGGCCGCCUAUGGAUUGCUGACGGGUUAGUCGACCCAAGUACCAUUCCAUCUCUACGCCAGAUCCGUCGUGGGCGUACGAGCGAGCAGCCUCGGGUAGAGACCCGCCCACGGGCUUCGGACCUAGCUAUCGAGAAGUUACGGGCGGAGAUGGAAGAAAGGGAACGGAGGCACCAAGAGGAGCAGAUGCAGAUGCAGCAGCAGCUUAGGGAGAACAUGCGAGAUGCAGCAGCGAGAUGUUGCAGCAGAUGCAACAACAGCAGCAGAUGUUCCAGCAGAUGUUCAUGA